UCCAAUAAAAUGAUUUUAUUUGUUUGUAUAAGUUUGUUACUUCAAAGUAUUACGUCGGAAAAUUUAGAUUAUAACGAAGAUAAGAUAAAGUUUUACUUAUGGAAUAAGACUAUUAUAGAACAAGAAAUUCGUUUAAACGAUUAUGGAGUCAUGACGAAAGCGCCCAUUAAAUUUUUAAUACAUGGUUGGCAAGAUUCUGGAACUGGAAGAACGUUUUUCUUUUAUGGCCCUUUUGUACAAAAGUAUAUUUUGACUGGGGCGAAUGUAGUUUGCGUCGAUUGGUCUUAUUACUCAAAACAAUUGUAUGGAAAAGCAGCGAAAACGCUGAAAUUAACGGGGAAUUUGGUGGCGAGGAUGAUUUUGGAUAUGUGCAACAAAAAGCUUCUAGAAUUGAGUCAAGUUCACGUCAUCGGGCAUUCGAUGGGGGCUCAAACAGCUGGAUUCGUUGGAAAGAAUAUUCAAAAAUUAACGAACGGUCAAAAAUUACAUCGAAUAACCGGGUUAGAUCCUGCAGGACCAAUGUUUCAUAGCCAAUCUGAAUACGAUCAUCUUGUUAAGACCGAUGCGCUUUUAGUUGAUACCGUUGUAACUGAUUUACUUCAAUACGGAAAGAAGUAUCCUCCAUUAGGUCAAGUUAAUUUCUAUAUUUAUUGUGGAUUAAAUGAAUCAACAAUUGUGUUAAAUCAUAAUAUGGCACCAUUUUAUUUUGCCCUUGGAAUUGAUAGAAAUGAUUUAAUUGGAAAAGAAUGUAAAUGCAAAUCUUCUAAAUUACAAGUUGAUACUUGUAAAGAAGAACCUGUAAAUAUCUUGGGAGAAAACACAAAUUUUAGAAAACCAGGAAAUUAUUAUUUGAAUAUCGAUCAGAAAUAUGCGCUAGAAGAUGCACAAUGUUCAAUGGAAAAUGCUCCUCCUUCAAGAUUUCAACCCGAUUUUAAUAUAAUUAAAGGUAUUAUAAAUGCAAAAUAUGGAAUUUUUAGAAAAUGUAACCUUAACUAAUUGCAUAAUAAAGGUAAUCACCAAGUA